CUCCAUCCUGGUGUUAAGCUGCGGUCGCUCCGUGCUCGUAGUUCCGCCAGGGAGCUUAUUUAGUGUAACACGCAGCUGGCGUGCUGCACCAAAUUUAUCCGGCCAUAAACAGUUCCUGCAGCUGCUACAGCUCCCCAUACAUGUGCUCCUACCGGAGAGGCGGCUGCGUGGAUCCAUCUAUUUUGGAGACGUUCCUUGAAUCGUGAAGGGCCGGAGUAGCCUUGUUUCUCACUAUGGUGAACCAGGUGCAGCAAGUGGACGGCAGCUGGCAGUCGUGUCGAGGCGACUCCAGCGGCGCCAGCAACAGCAGCGCCGAGAGCUCCAAGGAGAGCUCCCGCUGCUCCACCCCGCUGCCGGACGCAGACCGCUCCGAUCGGCUGCGGGAAAAGAUGAGGAAGAGGAUGGACUCCGGAGAUCGGUGGUUCUCCCUGGAGUUCUUCCCUCCACGCACGGCCAGCGGUGCUGUCAACUUGAUCUCCAGGUUUGACCGUAUGGGUUCUGGAGGACCGCUCUUCAUUGACAUCACCUGGCACCCAGCGGGAGACCCCGGCUCAGACAAGGAGACCUCCUCCAUGAUGAUUGCCAGCACAGCGGUGAACUACUGUGGCCUGGAGAGCAUCCUCCACCUGACCUGCUGCAACCAAACCAAGGAGAAGAUCACCGGCUACCUGGCUAAGGCAAAGCACCUGGGCCUGAAGAACAUCAUGGCGCUGAGGGGAGAUCCAGUGGGAGACGACUGGGAGGAUGAGGAAGGAGGCUUCAACUUUGCCGUUGACCUCGUUAAGCACAUUCGAUCAGAGUUUGACGAAUACUUUGACAUUUGUGUUGCUGGCUACCCAACGGGCCACCCUGAGGCAGAGAGCUACGAGCAGGAUCUGCGGCACCUGAAGGAGAAAGUGGAUGCUGGUGCAGACUUUGUCAUCACGCAGCUGUUCUUCCGGGCUGACACCUUCCUGAAGUUCCUGGAUGACUGCAGGGCGGCCGGGAUCACAUGUCCCAUCCUUCCUGGAAUCUUUCCCAUCCAGGGAUACCAGUCGCUGCGUCAGCUCGUCAAGAUGUCUAAACUUGAAGUACCGGAGGAGAUCACUAAAAUCAUAGAACCCAUCAAAGACAACGAUGCUGCUAUCCGGAACUAUGGAAUCCAUCAGGCGGUGGACAUGUGUCGUGUCCUGCUGGACAGUGGAAAGGUACCAGGCCUCCACUUCUACACUCUGAACCGAGAAGUUGCCACCAUGGAGGUCCUCCGACAGCUGGGCCUGUGGGUAGAAGACCCCAGACGCCCUCUUCCCUGGGCCGUUAGUGCAAAUCCAAAACGUAAGGUAGAGGAUGUCCGACCAAUUUUCUGGGCCUCCAGACCAAAGAGCUACAUCUACAGGACCCAGGACUGGGAUGAGUUCCCCAACGGCAGAUGGGGAAACUCUUCGUCUCCAGCUUUUGGAGAAUUAAAUGACUACUACCUGUUUUACUUAAAAAGUAAGUCCUCUAAGGAGGCACUUCUACAGAUGUGGGGGGAGGAACUGAAGAACGAACAAAGCGUCUUUGAAGUCUUCACAUGCUACAUCACAGCACAACCAAACCGAAACGGACAGAAGGUGUUGUGCUUACCCUGGAACGACGAGCCUUUGGCCCCAGAGACCAACUUUUUGAAAGACGAGCUUGAGAAGGUUAACAGACGUGGAGUUCUCACCAUCAACUCCCAGCCCAACAUCAAUGGCAAACCAUCUGCGGACCCUGUGGUAGGCUGGGGACCUCCAGGAGGAUAUGUCUUCCAGAAGGCCUACCUGGAGUUUUUCACCUCCAGUGAAAAUGUCACAGCCCUCCUGAAGGUCCUGAAGAAGUACGAGCCUCGUGUCAACUAUCACAUUGUCGACGUGCAUGGACAUAACAUGACCAACGCACACGAAAUGCAGCCUAACGCAGUGACGUGGGGCAUCUUCCCAGGCAGAGAGAUUGUCCAGCCCACUGUAGUGGACCCAGUCAGCUUCAUGUACUGGAAGGACGAGGCGUUUGCUUUGUGGAUCGAACAGUGGGCCAAACUCUACGAAGACGAGUCGCCGUCACGAAUGAUCAUCAAGUACAUCCACGAUAACUACUUCCUGGUCAAUCUGGUGGAUAACGACUUUCCCCUGGAGAGCUGUCUGUGGCGGGUCAUCGACGACAUGUUCGAGUUGCUGGACGCAACGCCGGAACCGCUCAACGAUGAGGCGGCCUCACAGUAAACUACGGCGUUUCUAAUGACUUGUUGAGGAAAGAGACAAUUCAGUGAAUUAUUUCGUGUUGUACUUUUAUUUUUACCAACAAGAGUGCCUUGGUAAGAUACACAACAAAGCUUUUCUAGUUGGUGGUUAGUGGAAGGGAAAACGGUGCUAACAAAGAAACUGAACUGUUUCAACGUCAUAAACGAUGCAGCACAGUUUAUAUUUCACCACAGAUGUGAAAUAUGAAGUCCAUGAAAUGAAUAAAAGACCAAUUCAACUUAGCGGCCCCCUACUGGAGGGCAUCGCUGCUGAGGAGAGACAAAUAAGGAAGCAAACACAAAAUAUAUGACGCAAAAAUAAAUGUGGGAAUAAAAACAAGUCUGCAGAAUGCACACUGAAAUCUUAAGUUAAUUUUCAUUUGUAGAUACAUUUUAACGGUUUGUAUUUUCUUUAAAUGUUUCUGAAAUAUUUGUAUUUUUUGUAAUUUCAAUUACAAUUCAUUUAAACAGGA